CCUACAGCCAGAGUAGAGAUGCAGGCCUCAAUCUGCCCACAAACUUCACCACCCUCUCUAUCCAGUUUCAGACCUACCCACCACAACCCUCUUCUGGGUAACUCUCUGCCUUCAAGGCCAUGUUUGGCUCUCAAAAAAAGAGCCACUUUAACCACAAAAGCACUUCUGUCAGCUACCAAGGAAUCAGUCCUCAGGGACUUUCAUGAACGCAGAGCUCUCAAGAUUAUUUCAGGAUUGCAGAAUUUUGACAAAGAAAAUGUUGCAUCAGUCAUUACUGCCGCUGAGCAGGGAGGAGCAACUCAUGUGGAUAUAGCCUGUGACCCGGAGUUGGUGAAGCUUGCUAUCGAUUUAACUUCUCUUCCGGUUUGUGUUUCUUCUGUAGAUCCAGCGGCAUUUCCAGCUGCCGUUGAAGCAGGUGCACUGAUGGUUGAGAUUGGAAACUACGACUCCUUUUACGAGAUGGGAGUGGUUUUCACUUCGGAGCAGAUAUUGAAUCUGACAAAGGAGACCAAGAGGAUUCUUCCGUCUGUGACCUUAUCAGUCACUGUACCUCAUACACUAAGCCUUCCAGAUCAGGUCAAGCUUGCAGAGAUGCUGGAGCAGGAAGGUGUUGACAUCAUUCAAACCGAAGGAGGAAAAUGUACUAGUCCUUCGAAAUCAGGUGUUCUUGGUUUGGUCGAGAAGGCAACACCAACAUUGGCAGCAGCAUAUUCGAUAUCCCGUGCUGUCAAGAUUCCGGUAAUGUGUUCAUCCGGACUGAGUGCAGUUACAGCCCCAAUGGCAAUAGCAGCAGGAGCUGCCGGUGUGGGCGUCGGCUCAGCCGUGAACAAGCUCAAUGAUGUUGUUGCAAUGAUUGCAGAAGUGAGGAGUAUUUCCAAUUCAUUAGGAGCUUCAGCUGGUAGGCUCACUGCAACUGAAGAACAAGUUUUGAAACUGUAAUCCAGUAAUCGUAUAGUGCAGCAAUAUACAUACAUUGUUGGCAACAAUAUCCAAAUAAAUAAGAGCAGCAGUUUUCUUUCA